AUGGCAAAAGGUAGCAGGGGACGACGCAGGAUUGCUUCCCGAAGAUACAGACCAACUCCAUACCCAUUGCGCUCUAAUCAAGAUAUAUUGGAGGAUCUGUGCCCGAAGAAAUGCUCCAGAGAUUUGGAGAAAAAAGACUGGGAUGAUGCGACAUGUUCUGUGUGCAUGGAGUAUCCUCACAAUGCCGUUCUUCUCCUAUGUUCCUCACAUGACAAGGGAUGCCGACCCUACAUGUGUGGAACUAGUUUCCGGCAUUCCAACUGUCUUGGCCAGUACAAGAAAGCUUAUACCAAAAUGGUGUCAUCUGAUCAUGGACAACCAUUGCUGGGUUCCGAUAACAAUCCAAUUGUGCUACCAGAUUCUGAAUGGCCAGCACAGAAGUGUGAAGUCUCAGAGCUUGCAUGCCCCCUCUGUAGGGGAAAGGUGAAGGGAUGGACUGUUCUUGAACCAGCACGAGAUUAUCUAAAUGCAAAAAAGAGAAGCUGCAUGCAAGAGAAUUGCUCAUUUGUCGGAAAUUACAAGGAGCUUAAGAGGCAUGUGAGGGCAGAACACCCCUCUGCACGGCCGCGUGAAGUGGAUCCAGUACUCGAACAGAAAUGGAGAAGGCUUGAACAUGAGCGGGAGACGGAUGAUGUGAUCAGCACAAUACAGUCUUCCAUGCCAGGGGCAAUGGUUUUUGGAGAUUACGUAAUAGAAGGAAAUAAUUAUGGAUUUGAUACGGACGAAGAGGAUGGUGGUUUCGAUGCGGAAGCUGGGGAAAGGAAUGGAGGAUUUGGGUUGGGCUUUGAUGGUAAUCUGGUGAAUGUCUUUUUCCUAUUGCAUGCAUUUGGGUCAUCAGGGACUGGACGACUGAGGCAGCCUGAGAGGGCAUUGCACCACCCAUCGGACGGUAGUGCAGUUGGCAUCCGGCACAGCACUCCUAUUGGUGGUUCGGAUUCCUCAGAUCAAGAUGAUGAGAAUGACAGUAAUGGUGAUAAUGCUGGUGGUGGUAUGUCAUUGGUGAGUCGACUCCGCCGUCAUGGCAGGGUGUUGUUGGGACGCUCUGGGAGGAGACGAAGGCGUAGAGAAGGAAAUAGUGAUCAAACAUAA